AUGGGCGUCAUCACCAACAUGACUGAUCAUAUUCUUACUGCUGUUGGAGUGCCCCGCGUUGUUGACAGACCGCUAGACGGGUGGCACAUGAACGUAGAUAAGCCAGAAAUCGGAAUGAUUCUCACAUACCCACCGACUUAUACGCAACCACCGGGUAACAACGUCCCGAGACAAAUGCUUGCUUUCAAGCCGUCACUUCUCGGCAAUGGCGAAUUGCUAGAAAUUUGGGCAUCCGAGUACAUUGUUCAGCUUGGUGACCCCGACUCCUGGACCAACUACUUUGAGCUUCAUGAUCGCCAAGACAUCCUUCCUUGGGGUAGAUCAACCACAAAGGUCAUCAAGGUCCUGGGACACCACAUUGGCCAAGGCGAUCGACUUAUCCUACGAAUUCAAUACGAAGGAGGGCACGAGGGGAAUGCUGGAAACGUGGACGAGGUGUGGAUGAGGUCUUUUCAUCCUCAACUCCUCCGUGAAUAUUGGCUUCGUUACCGAACGGCAUCCUUCAAAGCCCGCUGGGCUGCCCGCCGUGCUGGGGAACAUGGACCACAACCCGCUACCGAUGAAUGGUGGAAGCGAGCUCCGUCAAAUGUCAAACACGGGAAUCUCCGAUACAGGAACUGGCUCAACGUCUUGAGCGUCCGACCAAGCAGGCUACCCAGAAUACGGGUUCGUGACCAGAUUGCCGGAUUUUUCGGCCGAUGGGCUGAUGCAGAGACGAUCCCGCCCCGGUAGCCGCUUGCAAGACCGGUUCGGUAAUCC